GUUAUUGCUAUUAUUUUUGUUUUUUAGACAUAUACUGGAAGUAUAUUAGUAGCUGUGAAUCCAUAUAAAAUGUAUGAUAUGUAUGGAUUGGACAUGGUGAAAAAAUACGAGGGUCAAAUUCUCGGAACAUUAUCACCUCAUUUAUUCGCCGUUGGUUCUGCGGCUUACGGGAUGCUUUCAAGAGGCAAUCAAGUAGUUGUCAUAUCGGGAGAAUCGGGUUCUGGUAAGACAGAAUCUACCAAACUGAUUAUGCAAUAUUUAGCUGCUGUCAAUAAAUCGUCAUCAAACCUUAUAACUGAGCAAAUAUUAGAAGCUUCUCCCUUACUAGAAAGUUUUGGUAAUGCUAAAACUGUAAGGAAUGACAAUUCGUCUAGAUUCGGAAAGUUUUUAGAAGUACACUUUAAACA